GCGCCUUCUCAAUCCUGCUUCUUCCUCGCCAGCGGCAACAGGAACAGAUAGUGGCUACUGCUGCAGGACUACGGGCUUCAGCUGUACUGGGGAGGGUCACUCCUAUGUGCACGGCGGAUCGGCUAAAAUAUGGACUCCAUAGUCUUACCGAGACGCAUGUUCCUGUGGUGCAUGGCGGUCAUCUAUCUGUCCGCGUUUGUUUCCCUGUAUGUGCAGAUUCCAGGUCUCUAUGGUAACGAUGGCCUGCUGCCUGCCCGCUGGAGACUGCGUUACAGUGGGAAAGCAUUGUGGGAGCAACUCUGGACCUCCCCCACUCUGCUGUGGCUUGGUCCUCACCUGGGUCUGGACACUCACAGCUGUAUGGAGCUGCUGUGUCUGUUGGGAGCCGCCCUGAGCCUGGCUGCAACUCUGAUGGAGACCUUCAGGGACAGUGUGGUGUUCUUCUGCCUCUGGGCACUCUAUAUGUCCAUGUACCAGGUUGGCCAGGUUUUCCUCUACUUCCAGUGGGAUAAUUUGCUUCUGGAGACAGGCUUUCUGUGUAUUCUGGUGGCCCCGCUUACAGUGGUCAGGGGCUCUCGCUCGGUCAGGGAUCAUGAUGCAAUCACUUUCUGGCUGGUCCGUUGGCUGCUCUUCAGGCUCAUGUUUGCAUCUGGAGUGGUCAAAUUGACCUCUCGCUGUCCGACCUGGUGGGGUCUGACUGCACUGACCUAUCACUAUGAGACCCAGUGCAUCCCCACUCCUUUGGCCUGGUUUGCUCACCAGCUCCCUGUAUGGUGGCAGAAGCUCAGCGUGGUGGGCACCUUCUUCAUAGAGAUCGCUGUCCCUCCUCUUUUCUUUAGUCCUCUGCGCAGACUCCGUAUUGCUUCCUUCUACUUACAGAUUCUUCUUCAAGUUCUCAUUAUUUUAUCUGGAAAUUACAACUUCUUCAACCUGCUGACAAUAGCUCUGUGUCUAUCUCUACUGGACGACAAGCACGUUCACUUGUGGAUACGCAAACCCUACCAGACCAGUCAUAAGGAGUCCAGACUUUGGUCUUGGUUGGCAUACAUACUGGAGCUCCUGGUUUGGGCAUUCCUUGUUUUUGUGACAAUCAUGUGCUUUGACUUGCAAAUUGACACACAGAAGAAAAGUAUUACGUCCAGGACAGCUUUCACUUACCACCAGUUCAACCAGUUUCUGAAGGCUGUGACUAUCCCCUGUGUGUGGAUGGGGGUUCUUUCCCUCACAUGGGAGAUGAUAACAGCCAUGUUCAGGAGUGCAUGUGUGAGAGGGUUUUUCCGGAGGCUAGGGGGAACUUUACAGUGGACACUGUUUGGAGCUGCAGCCGUUGCCAUGUUCACCAUCAGUCUGGUGCCUUUCACUUACAUAGAGUACGACUCGCAUGCAAGCCUGUGGCCUGGAGUGAGACAAGCCCAUGCGCUGGUGGACCGCUAUCAACUGGUCAACUCCUAUGGCCUGUUCAGACGCAUGACCGGGGUCGGGGGCCGGCCUGAAGUCGUCAUCGAAGGCAGCAAUGAUGGAAUCACAUGGGUGGAGAUAGAGUUCAUGUACAAACCAGGGAACAUGAGUGGCCCUCCCCCCUGGGUGACCCCACACCAGCCCCGUCUGGACUGGCAGAUGUGGUUCGCUGCCCUGGGACCUCAGCAGCAGUCGCCCUGGUUCAGCAGUCUCAUACACAGACUGCUGCAGGGCAAACAAGAUGUGGUAGAGCUGAUCCAGUCUGAUAUCAGGCAAUACCCAUUCCACCAGCAGCCUCCUGCCUACCUGCGGGCACAUCGCUACAAGUACUGGUUUACAGAGCCCAAGACCGAUGGGUCAUACCCAGAGCGCUGGUGGAGGCGGGUUUAUGAUGAAGAGUUUUACCCCACAGUGCACCUCGGCAACUCUUUUCUAACGGGCAUGCUUAACCAACAUGGGCUCAAGGACUCCUCUCCUCCCCGUCGGGCCUCCAAAGCCAAAUUAGCCCGUGCUGUGAGGUGGGUGCGGUCCCAAGUGAAAGGUGUACCUGCUCCUUUGAUAGUGUGGACUCUUGUUGGAUGUAGCGUCCUCUUCUGCCUGCUCAGCGCACUGCAGCAUAGAAGCAAAUACCGGACAGCGCAAGCUCCUGAGCCCACAAUAGCUGAGAGUGAGCCAACUGAAGAUAAACAAGAAGAGAACUGUGGAGAGGAGGAUGGGGAGAAGGAGAAGGAAGUGGGAAAGGAGAUGGAAGGUGAGGUAGCAGGAGAGAAACAGGAGGAUGAAGGGAGCGAUGGAAGCCUAGAGGACAGAGAGAGUGAAGUGGAGACUGAAGACCAAUCACAAGGGGAGGAGGAGAGGGAGGAGCAGACAGAGAAACACAUGAGGAAAAGAUAAAUACAGACGCUUACGUUUUAACUUUAUACCACACAAAAAUGCCUUUAAGAAUGCCACUAUGAAAUCCUAAUCUGACAGUUAAGGAUGGUGUCACACUCAACAGCAUGACAACAUCAGUGUAAGAAUUAAUGUUUAAAUUGCUUUAAAUACUUUUCUGAGUAGACCUGGCUAUAGAAUUUUACAGUAUGUUGUAUUUUGUUAAAUUAACAAGCCAAGCUUGCUCUAUUUGCCUUGUAUUAUCUGUUCAUAAUACAUGGCACCUUAGGAGAGCCCAAUGAACUGUCUUGCCCAAGGAUACAACAGCAUUGGAAGUGCAAGGGUGUGGUUGGGGACUGAAUCUCUCAACCUCCAAAUGGUAUAUGGUAUGCGAUCCAUUUGGUUUCACUGAGCCACUAGCGCUAUAACAAUGUAAUAAAUAUUGGGUAUUGAGUGCAAGGUCUUCCUAGCAUUAACUUAUUCUGUCAAGCCAACCAAAAUUACGAUUCUACUGAGAAAUGUGUUAUGUGGGAAUUAUGUGCACUACAUUUUUGUACUUUUAUAUAUUUUGUGUAUUAUGUGUGGUGUCACUCUGCUGUUGCUGUAUGCUUUUUAUACCCACUAGAAAACUACAAAUGAAUGAUUCAUAAAAACAUUUUAUUACAUAAUAAAAAGUGCUUUUUAUAUUUUGUGCAAUUUAA